UUAUCUUCAAGAUAUCUUAUCGAGCUGAUAGUAGAUGACAUACUCUGUGGCCGACGGAACGGCGGAUCGCACGUUAGUACGAAAUUUAAAAAAAAAGUGACUAAUUGGUUGUGUUUUUUUUUAUUUGGCGCUGCUGAAUUCAUAAAUGACGCUGGUCAAGAUAGAACAGGGGUCCAUACUUUAGUUAGAUGUUAAACUACUAAUUCUUCUGCCAGAGAACAAAACACAACCCACAAAAUGUUAGCAGCAAUCACGACUUUAACACCUCGAAUGAGGUUCAACUUCAGCAAACCAAACAUAGAGAAUACGGUCUUCAAACUCCACUACAAGUUCACUGUGACCAUGCUUCUCGCCUUCGUCAUCCUGGUAUGCAGCAGGGAGUAUUUCGGAGACCAGAUCAGGUGUAUUUCUGACCAGGGUGUGCCCAACAAUGUCAUCCAGACGUAUUGCUUCUUCAUGGCAACGUUUACUAUCGUACGACAUUACAACGAGAGCCUUCUUCAAACGGGGUUCCUUCCCCACCCCGGGGUGGGACCCAUCUUGGACAAUGACGAGACUCUCCACCACAAGUAUUACCAGUGGGUACCAUUCGUACUCUUCAUCCAGUCUAUCUGCUUCUAUAUACCGCAUUAUAUUUGGAAGAAAAAAGAAGGUGGCAGAAUAAAGGCAUUGGUAGACGGUCUUCAGUACGCAAGCUUGGCAUUGCACGAUCAAGACAUGACCGUCAAGAAUAAGACGGUACCGUCCAAAGCUACACUGCAAAAGAAAAUUGAACUUAUACGUAAAGACAUUAUACUCAGGUUGCGCAUAUCUCGGACCUGGUCGACGUGGCUUAUCGCGAUGGAAGUGACCAACCUCUUACACGUGAUGUUCCAAAUCUGGCUGAUCAACAUCUUCUUGAACGGCCACUUUAUCAAUCUGGGCAGCACCGUGAUAAACUUCCGGAAUUGGGAGGGCAUCGCAGAUCCCCUUGAAACUGUGUUCCCUAAGGUAACCAAAUGCCUGUUCCACAAGUACGGUCCCAGUGGUACCAUUCAGCAGCACGAUGCGCUGUGCGUGAUGGCACUCAACAUCAUCCACGAGAAGAUCUACACCAUUCUGUGGUUCUGGUUCCUGUUUCUCUUCAUUGUUUCCUUAUUGGCUGUGAUUUGGCGCAUAGUCUCCUACUUCGUCUACCGUCGCUCCCUGAAGUUCAACGACCUGCUCUUCAAGCAGGUCACUAGCAGCAAGUUCAACCCUCACAAUGUGAUCAGGGUGGUCAACGGCUGCGAGUUCGCUGACUGGCUCUUCUUGUAUUAUCUGGCGAAGAACAUGCAGGGAGCAAUAUUCGAGCAACUCUUCAGAACCUUGGCUGAAGAGUUAGAGAAACGGGAACUCCCCAUGGAACAGCAGGGGUACGAGGAAAAGGGCGGCGAACCUGUUCUCCUUUCCAGGACUGAAUUUGAUGAUGAAACCUUACCGCUGAAGUCUGAAAAGACACUUUUAUAGUUUCAUUCAAUAGCUUUUUCUAGCGAUUUUCUACUUGGGAUUCUUUUUUAAGGCGAUGGGCUGGCAACCUGUCACUAAUUGGAUCUCAAUUCUAUUAUUAAGCCAAAUAGCUGAACGUGGCCGAACAGGCUUUUUAAGACUGUUGGCUCUAUCUACCCCACAAGGAAUAUAGACGUUACCAUAUGUAUGCUUUUUCUAGCGGGUCUGUACUUGUAAUUUACAACAUAUUAUAAAGUCCCCUAUUUUCUAUGCCUGUAUGUAUGCUCUAAUCUCGAAAAGGACGGAUUUUGUUCCUGUUUGAAAUAUUUGAAAAAGGGUUUUCUGAGGAAGGUUUAUAUCUAUAAAUGCUAUUUAUGCGAAGCCGGGGCGGGUCGUUAGUUUAAAACAAAGAGAUUCCUCUCCAGAGUGGUGAGUUAGUCCACGCCAGAAAAGAAGUAGAAGAAGGAUAUCUUUGAAAUGAAUAGAAUAUAUUUCGCGCUCAACUACUUUAAAAUAUUUACUUAUUUUAUUAAGUUUUUUUAUUGGUUGUUAUACUUAUGUGAAAUUUUUAUAAUUAUCUAAAUAAAAUUAAUUAUGUAAAUUUAAGUUUGUACAGUUUCGAAUAGAUAAUGUUGACUGGUUUUUGUAUUAAAUAAUUUAUUGUGGAGUUUAUUAAAAAAAAGUAUACUAAGGAUAAUAA